AUGGAUCAUGUUAACUACACCUGGACCCAGACUUUCACCCUUGCUGGUUUCACUGCCACUGGUACUCUGCAACAUCUUGCAGUUUUGGGGAGCCUGUGCAUCUAUCUCCUCACACUUGCAGGGAACUUGUUCAUCAUUGUCUUGGUUCAGGCAGAUUCAGGGCUGUCCACACCCAUGUAUUUCUUUAUCAGUGUCCUCUCCUUCCUGGAACUCUGGUACGUCAGCACCACGGUGCCCACCUUGCUACAUACUCUGCUCCAUGGCCGUUCACCCAUCCCAUCGGCUGCAUGCUUUGUCCAGCUGUAUGUCUUCCACUCUUUGGGCAUGACUGAGUGCUACCUCUUAGGUGUCAUGGCUCUGGACCGCUACCUUGCUAUCUGUCGCCCACUGCACUACCAUGUACUCAUGAGCAGACAGAUACAGAUAAAGUUAGUUGUGGGUACAUGGGUGGCUGGAUUCUCAGCUGCCCUGGUGCCUGCCGGUCUCACUGCUAGUUGCUUGAAAGAGGUGGCCCAUUACUUUUGUGACCUGGCACCUGUAAUGGAGUUGGCAUGUGUGGACACGAGCUGGCAUGCUCGGGUUUAUAUUGCCGUGAUUGGUGUGAUCAAUACCUGCAACCUUGUUUUCAUCCUGGGGCUGUAUGGAGGUAUUGUGAAAGCUGUGUUAAAGCUGCCUUCAGCUGCCAGUCGCGCCAAAGCCUUCUCCACAUGUUCCUCCCAUAUCACUGUAGUAACACUGUUCUUUGGCUCUGCUUUCAUUGUCUAUGUAGGGCCACCGGAGAUUCGAGCUGAGGGUAGAGACAAGCUAAUUGCCUUGGCAUACACUCUCCUCACUCCUUUCCUCAACCCUAUUAUUUAUACUCUUCGCAAUAAAGAAGUGAAGGAGGCUGUGAAGAGGGUAGCACAGAGGAUUAAGGCCGUACUGGAUUGA